AUGAAGAAAUUUAUAACGAGUGCUUUACCUUAUGUAAACAAUCAGCCGCAUCUUGGAAACGUCAUAGGAAGCGUUCUUAGCGGGGAUGUGUACAGCAAAUACUGCAAAAAGAAGGGAGAGACUUGCCUGUAUAUCUGUGGAACAGACGAAUAUGGGACAGCCAUUGAGAUGGAGGCUGUUUCUCAAGGACGACCUCCUUUGGAGAUUUGUGAGGAGAACAGGAGGCUUCACAAACAGGUCUAUGACUGGUUCAACAUCGACUUCGAUUACUUUGGAUUUACUUCGACACCCGAACACACAGAGAUGGUGCAGAGUCUCUUCAUGAAGAUGUACAACAACGGACAUUUCAAGGAGCUGGAGAUUGAGCAGUUCUAUUGUGGGAACUGUGGGAUAUUUCUUGCAGACAGGUAUGUUGUGGGAGAAUGCAAGUUCUGUGGAGAUCUGGGAGCCAAAGGAGACCAAUGUGAUGCAUGUGGGCAGACAUACAAUUUUCUCGAGCUCCUGUCUCCAAAGUGUUCUAUAUGCAGUACUGUGCCUAUUAUUAGAUCUACUUGCCAUCUGUUCUUUGAUCUAGAGAUGUUCCGGCCUCAUCUUUUGGAGACCUACAAGGAAAAUGGUCAUCUGUGGAGCCAGAAUGCUCAGAAUAUAUUCAACCAGUGGAUUUCGAUGGAAUUCCACCCAAGAUGUAUGACAAGAGAUUUGAAGUUCAGGUGGGGGGUUCCUGUUCCUUUGGAAAAGUUUAAGGAAAAGGUUUUCUAUGUGUGGUUUGAUGCGCCGAUAGGAUAUCUGACGUUUUUAAAGGAGCUUGUUGGAGAGGACUUUUCUGAAUGGUGCAAGGACUCGGAGCUUGUACAGUUUAUGGGGAAGGACAAUGUGGCGUUCCACACCAUUAUAUUUCCCGCCAUGAUCUAUGCAACUGGAGAGAAGUAUCCGAUAAUCAAAAGACUGUCUGCAACCGAGUACCUACAGUUUGAGAACCAAAAGUUCUCGAAGAGCAGAAGACAUGGGAUCUUUGGGCUGGAUCUUGUUAAGGGGAACCUCGGGAAGCCCUGCAUCUGGAGAUACUAUCUGAUGAAGAUACGGCCGGAGUCAACAAAGGAUUCUAACUUCACCUUUUACGACUUCCAGCAGUCUGUGACGGCAGACUUGAUCAACAACCUUGGGAAUUUUGUGAACCGUGUGUUGAAAUAUAUAGAAUCCAGGUGCAACUCGAGAGUAUCGCUUCUCGAGCUUGAUGAAAAGGAUAAGGAGUUUGUUGAGGACAUUAAUGGGCUUUAUCGUAGAUAUAUAACAAAGAUGGACGAGAUAAAGCUGAGAGAGGGACUACAGGUGGUCAUGGAGAUCUCAAGACGCGGGAACGAGUAUAUUCAGGAGGGAGUCCGGAACAAAGCCAGGAAGUCUCAUUUUUUCUGCCUUGGAUUUAGUGUGGUUGGGUUUUUGGCGACUCUCUUGUAUCCCUUUAUGCCUGUUGCUUCUGUAGAAAUUUUAAGGAUGUGUAAUCUCGAGGAGACAGGGCUUCCAGAGUCGAUUCAGAUAAUUGAUGGACAUAUGAUAGGAGGCAGGAUAUGCCCAUUGUUUGAAAACUUCACUCCCGAGCAGCUUGAAGAAAUGAAGAAGUAUGGCAGCUCGUAA